UCCAAUUCAAUCCAUAGUUUAGUAGCAUUUUAGUCGUCAAAAUGAACACAAAAUUAUUAUUUUUCAUCUCGAUGCUGUGUGUGCUGGAAGCUGUUGAUGCUCUGGGUACUCAAGUGCCGAGCUACGACUACAAUAAGAUGCUGGAGCUGAUCGAAAAUCGAAAGGGACCCGUUGACGAGCAGCUUUCGUUGGCGGCCAUCACUUGGGGCAAGUUGAAAGCUGAUUAUCCGAAGGAUGUGUCCAAAAUGGAAGACCUGGAUGGGACGCUGAUCCGGGUUCUGUGUCGUGCCGAGAGUAAUACCACCCUACGCCAGCAUUUGAAAGGAUAUCUCAUACGAGAAAGCAUCCGUGAGCAUCUAGCGGUCCAGAAUACAACAGAAAUUUUCCAAGAGGCUCUUGAGGCUGAGGAGCAUGAGGUGGGCAAAUGGCAACUGGCCAUUGGCAGGCACUCCCAAAGACUUCACUACCUCUUCAAGCCGGAGAAACUGAAACAAAUCAUGGAGAUAGUGAUCCGUAAACUGUAUAAGCUGCAAUCUUCCGGUCAACUGGCUUCGUUUUUGUAUCAGCUCUAUAUAGCCGGUAAUCGGGACUCGUACAAGUUAAUGGUCCAAACCGAGCUAAUGCUCUAUAAUCGGUACAAAAGUUUCGGAAAACCCAGCCCCAACUUCAGCAGUUAUAUGGCCAAGCUCUGGCAGAGUCUUCAAAUGGAGGAUUUCUACGCAGGACUGGAUCCACUCACAAAACAAGAACUCAUAGACGCCAUUAUCGAUUUGUUGGGAUAUCUUUAA